GUGUCAUUGAACAUUUUAGUAUUUCUUCAUCUACUGAUACACAUCAACUGAUCGAGCAGCAUAGAUUAGAUGUAUCUCGAAAAUGUUAAUUAUUAUCCAUUAAUUGACAGUUUAUAAAAAUAAUCAUAUAAAAAUGGUGUUUCAUAUGAUUAAGUACUAUUAUUGGAUAGGUAGUUUUUUAAUUCAUUCACUUCUUGAAGAAAAAGAAACUUUAAAACUUGUCAGUGUGGUUUUCCGUCACGGCGAUCGAACUCCAAUUGUGCCAGUAGAACAAUAUCCAAAUGAUCCUUAUAAAGAUUAUACUUACGGUAAUCAAAAUCAUUCAGUAUUAACUGAGAGUGGCAAAUGGAGAGCUUAUAAAUUAGGAGAGUUUCUUAAAAACAACUACAGGACAUUUUUAGAUUCAACACCUGAAAGUGUUGAAGCUCGAUGUACAGAUGUAAAUCGAACAAAAGAAUCUCUUAAUUUUGUACUAAAGGCAUUGUAUCCUAAUUUUGUCAUUCCAAAAAUUACUAAUCCUAUAUUCAAUGAUUCACUACUACUGCCACAGAUGUGUAAGAAAUUUAUUAUAGAUUACUUAAAACUUUCAAAAAGUCCAAAUGUGAUGAAAGAGAUAAUCGAAUUGGAUGAUUUUAUGAAAAAUUUAUCGCUUCUGACAGGAAAAACAAUUCGUACUUUUAGCGAUAUACAUCUUAUUUAUACAACUUUAGAAAAUGAAAAGUUUUUAAAUUUCACGUUACCAUCUUGGACUGAAGAUUUAUUUCCAGAUGGGAAUAUUUUAAAGGGAGCUGCACUUCAAUAUAAAUUAUUAAAUUAUAACGAGAAUUUAAAAGAACAAUCAGGAGGAAUCCUGAUUCGAAAAUUUAUAGAUGACAUGUUAUCUGUAAAAUAUGGAACAAUGAAGAAAAAAUUAUUUCUAUACAGUGCACAUGAUAUUACUGUUGUGGCUGUUUUACAAGCUCUUGGAGUUUACUUUCCCCAUGUUCCAAAAUUUUCGAGUGCAGUAAUUCUAGAAUUACAUGAAAUAAUAGGAAAUUAUUUUGUGAAGGUUGUACACUAUUUAGGCGUGCCUGGAGAAAAAGUAGAAUUAAAAAUUCCUAAUUGUAAAAUUAUGUGUCCUUUAGAUAAAUUUACUCGUUUAAUGAAAAACGUUCUUCCGCCAAAAGUGAAUCUGUCUUGUUCUGAGUACAAAAUGAGACAAGAUGAUGAAAUUUAUACAAAAGAUCUUUUGAAAAUACGUAAAAUAUUUAAACUAGCGUUAACAUAAAACAAAAAUUUAUAUAUACACCUAUAAAAAAAAAAUGUAUUUGUCUUAAAUAAAUAUAAAUUUCUUUUAAAUAAACUUUUUUAUUUUGAUCAAAUAAAA